UCAUCGCGCGCGUCUUUGUCGUCGUCGUCGUUGCGUCUCUCGUCAGUAGUUGUUGUUACUUGGUCGCGACGCGAUGGUCACAUUUACCAUCGAAUUCGAUAGGCCCGAUAAGAAAUACAGGUCCGGCGAGACAGUGCGGUGCGAUUUGUAUGUUCGCGUCGCGGAAAAGUUCACGGCACGAUAUUUAGCAUUCCAUUUCAAGGGGUACGCGCACACAGAAUGGAUCAAGCCCGAACGCCAGAAAGUCGAUGGAAAGACAAUUGUGACGCAAGUCAAAUACGUCGGGCACGAGGAAUAUUUUAAGCAUUGCGAGUAUUUGUUGGGUUCGAUCGAUUCGAAUGAUGACAACAGUGAAAGCAGUGGGGGAGAGGACAUCGAGGUCGGUUACUAUCACUAUAAAAUUGCGUAUAAACUGCCAGACGAUGAUCUUCCUUCAAACAUUGAGUGUCGCAACGGAAGUGUCCGAUACACGGUAAAAGUGAAAUACAGUGUCAUCAAUGGCCCUGACAAGUCACUCACAAUUCCCUUCUUGGUGACGUCCGAAGUGAGCAAAAUUCCCGAUCUCCUGCAACCCAUCCAAGAUGUCACCGAGAGCUAUUACGGACUUUGCUGUUUCCGUCCUCGUCCCCUGGAAAUUACACAUUAUUUGCCGCGUCUUGGUUUCUCGCCGGGCGAAACGCUUCCCGUGAAAAUCGAAAUUAACAAUCAGUCGUCCGUGCGCGUGGAAUUUAUCAAAGUAGAACUGCUGAAAAAUUUAAUUUUCAUGACGACGUCACCAGAAGUCGAUAAACUCACGGAAACAAAGUUGCUGAACGAACAUAUUUUUUAUACAAAAGUCCCAGCGGGCGAAUGCAAGGAAUUUAAGACGGAAUUUUUUCUCGAUCCAAGCUACAAUUGGAAGUUGUUCAAUAAUUGCGAGAUAAUAAACUGCGAAUAUUACGUGAGGUCGGAGGCGGAAAUGAGUGGAUGCAAUAAAAAUCCGCACAUUAUUACAAAAGUCGUAAUUGGAACGAUAAACCACGAUGCGAUUAUGGAUGAGGAAACGCGAAUCAAAUAUGAGAAGAAACCAGAUGCGAAUUCAAAUCAUAUCAACAGAGAAGAUCGACCGAUCUUGAAUCGAAUACAGACUUUAGAAGACUUUAAUCGGAUCCCGCCUUUGGUUAGUGUUAAGGAAGAGUCGGAUACGCCGACGCCAAGUAUAUUAGGGUUGCCGUUGGCGGACGAGGAAGUGUUCAAUUUUAAAAUUUAGUGCCUAAUAAAUGAAUUUUUUGAUCAAA